AGGGAGAAAGCGCCGUAGCGCCGUCGGUUUGAGCGCUCUGUGCUGCGGGGUGAAAGUUGCAAAGCGCCUUGAUCGCUUUGUGGGAUGUCGACCUACUAUCAAUCUGCAAGGAUAGGACCAUCUGCACGGCUGACUGGCUGCUAGAGGAUUGCAGAAAUUUUAUUGCCAUGGCAGGAAACAGAGGAACCAUCAGGGGAGCUUCCAACUUCAACCCUGAUGCUGAUGCCCAGAAGCUCCGCAAAGCUAUGAAAGGGUUGGGUACCGAUGAAGAUGCUAUCAUUGAGAUUUUGGUCAGCAGGAAUUUGUCCCAACGGCAGGAGAUCAAGAUGACCUACAAAGCCACUAUUGGUCGGGAUUUGAUGGAUGACUUGAAGUCUGAGUUGAGUGGGAAGUUUGAGAACGUUAUCGUUGGACUGAUGACUCCCAUCACCCUGUAUGAUGUGGAAGAGCUGAAAAGAGCGCUAAAGGGGGCUGGGACAGAUGAGGGCUGCCUGAUAGAAAUCUUGGCAUCUCGUACCAAUGAGGAAAUCCGGAGGAUUAAUGACACCUACAAACGCCAGUAUGGAACUAGCCUUGAGAAAGACAUCGUUUCAGAUACUUCCUCCAGGUUCCGGAGAGUCCUGGUAUCUCUGGCAACUGGCAACAGAGAUGAGAGUCCUUAUGUUGACCAGGGGCUAGUCCAGCAGGAUGCCCAGUGCCUGUAUGAAGCAGGAGAGAAGAAGUGGGGCACAGAUGAGGACCACUUCAUAACCAUCUUAUGUUCCAGAAGCAGGAGCCACCUGUUAAGGGUAUUUGAAGAAUACAAGAACAUUGCUAACAAAGAUAUUACGGAGAGUAUUAAAUCCGAGAUGUCAGGAGACCUUGAAGAUGCCUUAUUGGCAAUAGUGAAGUGCAUGAGAAAUAAGUCUGCCUACUUUGCUGAACGGCUGUACAAAUCUAUGAAGGGGUUAGGGACCGAUGACGACACUCUCGUUCGACUGAUGGUCUCUCGCUGUGAGAUCGACAUGAUCGAUAUUAAGGCAGAGUUCAAGCGCACGUAUGGAAAAUCCCUCUACUCUUUCAUUAAGGGAGACACCUCAGGGGACUACAGGAAAAUUCUGCUCCUUCUGUGCGGCGGGGAAGACUAAGAUAAGGUUUCUUCCCCAUUUUGACACUGAAGCCGUGCAGCUGGCAGUCUCCAUAGGAGAUACCAAGUAGUCCUAACCUUUUUCAGUAACGCUUUAAAAAAUGCCAACAAUAUCAUGCUAACAUUGAUUGUGCCUGCCUCUUUCGCUCUCUCUAAAUAUAAAUUUAAAAUGGCUUUGAAAAGAAUUAGUCCCUGCUUUGGAACAGGUGGACAAUAUGCAGCAUAGAAUGAACAAUACAAUCCAAUCUUUGAAAAGGCUCCUUCAAGUCUAUCCUGCAGAAAGGUGAAGCUUUAUUCAAUAGAAACUGAGAAAUACCAAAUUUCUUACAAUGGUUGGACAUUUCCUUCCUGAUGGCAAGGUAGAGGGUGCUUGUAUUCUCAGUUCCACAUAGGUCUUUCUCACCUCCACCCCAAAAAGAUGAUUGAUUGUUAACUGAGCUUGUGAUGCUGUAUUUCAAAUUCAUGCAGAGUUUGUCCUGCUAACAUGGGGCUUAAACUCCGAGUUAGCAGAAAUCUUGCAGGAAGAAUGCUACUUCAGACACGCUAAUGCCACUUCUGAGGUUCCUGCUAAUUCCCUCCUCCAUAGCAGCUCAUAUCGAUUUUUGUUAAAAAGCACAAAUAUAGGGUAUGAGCCUUUCUUUCUUUCUUUAUGCUGAACUUAAGUGACUCAAGUGAGCAGAGUUUAAAAAGAAAAUUCCCAAUGAACUCCUUUAUACAGAUAUUAUACUCUAACUCUUCUAGUUUCUGAACAUGACCAAUUUGAUAUUCACACUGAACCAGUCCAGAUUGAAACAUGCCAAGCAAUCUAGAAAUCCCAUCUAUUGAUCUUUUUUAAGGCUAUCAGGAGCUUCAUUUGAAUAUAUGUAGCAGCAAACAGCCACCUGUUGUACCUUUCCUGUACCAUGCCAGAUUUUAGUAUUCUAGUCCCACCGAUGCAACUGAUCCUUUUUUUUCUGGAACGGGAGCAGAGAAGCCUCACCACCAUGGAGCCGUAGCUGGAAGAAGAGGUGUUUUAACUUUUUUCUAAACUGCUCUGGAAACAAUCAUGAACUGUUCCGUAUUUUCCAGAUCAAUAAAGAAAGGAAUCUUGCUGUUUCAAUAAAA